ACGUGUAGCACGCCUAUCUUGUCUUUUACUUUUCUUUCUUUGUGUUUUGGGGUUAGGUUAUCAAAAACAAACAAAAAUCUUAGCCGCAGAGGCAGAGGAGGAGAUGGAGACGAUGAUGAUGAGUUGCGUAUCGAUUCCGAGUUCAAUUCCAAAAUCAAGACCUUCUAUUAGCUUGGGUUUGGGAACUCCCAAGUUGUUCAAUUCAGUUUCAGUAAGGGUAGCCGUGAACGUGAAUGGUCGGGGAAGAAACAAAGGUUUGAGUUGCAACGCCAUGUUCGGUCUGGGCGUGCCUGAACUGGUCGUUAUUGCCGGCGUGGCCGCCCUCGUUUUUGGGCCCAAGAAAUUGCCUGAAGUCGGCCGCAGCAUCGGCAAAACUGUCAAGAGCUUCCAACAGGCUGCAAAGGAGUUUGAGUCGGAGCUUAAGAAGGAACCGGAUUCCACCGAAGGGGACUCAUCUGAGAAAUCUAUUGUAGUCAGUGAGAAGCAGCAGCAGCAGGACAAUGAGGUGUCUACUUCUAAGGAGACUGUAUGAGAUAUUAUAUGAUAUGUAGAUGUCAAAUUUUCGCCAUGAAAGAAACUAUUCUGUUAGUUUAGUAUUUUUUGGCUGUCUGAGAUUCCAUUAUUUAAAUCAUGACCAAGCUUUCAAAUAAAAAGAUUAAUAUAUUGGAUGCUAGCUGACGUUUAUGAUUAACCAUAGGAGAAAUUGAUCAUUUUUCUUCA